GUUACAUCACGAUACAGUGGAGUAAAUAAUACUCCAUUAAUAUUCCUAGGAAGUACAAUAACACAACCUCCCUAAUAUUAAUUCCUGAAUAUUCUGUAAGACAGGAAACUGUUCACGUUGCACGUAUGGAGACAAAAAAAAUACUAUUCGUCAUUUCUAUGUCUGUUGACUAAAAAUAUCCGAUCGGAUCCUUCCAACUGAAAAAAGCAUACACGACCAGUUCUAUUGUAGUUCAUAUUCGCACGCGAACGUCAGAGAUGCGUUUCACAAAAUACAGAAAAAUCUUCGUAUACGUUCUGACUUUCUUAACUUAUGCAUGGUCGGGUUAUGGAGCCGAUAUAUUGGGAAAUCUUCGUGACGCUGUUUUGGCAGCGGAAACUAUAUUCGGUGAUUUUUUUCAAAAUGCUGUCACCGUUGCAAAAAAAUUCAAGGACGUUCACGAAGUAAUUAACGCUGCUGCCGACGAUUCAUGCGUGUAUACAUGUCCUGGAGGUAUGAUACCAAAACCAAACUGGAAUCACAAGCCACAAAGCAACGGAUGUGGUUCGUUGGGAUUGGAGCAAGCUCAAGAAUUUUUUUCCUUUCCUGAAGUUACAAGUUGCUGCAAUGCACAUGACAUCUGUUACGACACCUGUAAUACUGAUAAGGAAAAAUGUGAUUUCGAGUUUAAGCGCUGUCUUUAUAAGUACUGCGAUAGCUUUGAAUCGAGCAGCACAAACAUGAUCAAAGCUUGCAGAACAGCAGCCAAAGUACUCUUCUCCGGCACUACUACACUGGGUUGUAAAAGCUUCCUGGAUGCUCAGAGCAAUGCGUGUUAUUGCAAAGAUCGACAAAGCACUAAAUAUAAAGAAACAAAAAGAGGUGCACAGGCUGGCGGGUGAAUGGCUUUCAACUUAAAUCAAAUUAUAGAUUUACCAGUCAGUUUCAUAUGAGACACCAGGGGUUUGCAUGAAGAUCUAAUAUGAUUAUGUUUUCCAAAAAAGAAAAAACAUUGGUUAAUUCUCAAAAUAGGUAAAACCAUAGUUCAAAUAACAAAACUUCGUCAGAAUAUACAAAUGAUCUUGUUUCUGUGAACAGAAUUUGUGAGCAAUCAUUGGAUCACAGUAUUCAUUGUGUGAUUUCGCAAUGGGCGUGAGGCUGUACAUAUAUGUAUUAAAUAUAAAAUUACCAAUAAGCAUUAGUAUCAAUAUUUAUAAAAACAAAUAGCUUUUAGAUGUGUGCUAAUGAAUGAAAUAAAACAUUUCGAU